AUGGAUGCCAGUGGUAGUGGUUGGCCAACUGACCCCAUGACCUCGUUCUUCUUGGGGAACCACACCAACGAGAACUCCAGCACGGGCCGGAUAUAUGAGGUGGCGGUGCAGUCGGCGAACGGCUCAGCAAAACGCAGUCCACAGUUUGUCGGGGUGGAGUUGCUCCAGUCUUACAAACUCCUUAUCAUUCCCUGCUAUGCGCUGGUAGUGCUGGUGGGAGUUUUUGGGAACUAUUUGUUGCUCUAUGUCAUUUGCCAGACCAGGAAGAUGCACAACGUGACUAAUUUCUUUAUCGGAAACCUGGCGUUUUCGGACAUGCUGAUGUGUGCCACCUGUGUUCCGUUCACCCUGGCAUACGCCUUUAACCCUCGAGGUUGGGUGUUUGGGAAAUUCAUGUGCUAUCUGGUGUUCCUCAUUCAACCUGUGACUGUGUACGUGUCGGUGUUCACGUUAACAGCAAUUGGUGUGGACAGAUACUAUGCGACCGUGCACCCUCUGAAGAAACGCAUCUCAGUCCUGGCCUGUGCUUACCUACUCUCUGGCAUCUGGAUCCUCUCCUGUGGCCUGGUGGCUCCAGCUGUGGCGCACACUUACCACGUAGAGUUCAGAGAUGAAGGCUUCACCAUUUGUGAGGAGUUCUGGAUGGGCCAGGAGCGUGAGCGGCUGGCCUACGCUUACAGCACGCUCUUCAUCACAUACGUCCUCCCGCUCUCAGCACUUUGCAUCUCAUACCUGCGCAUCUCUGUCAAGCUCCGCAACUGUGUUGUGCCUGGACAUCACACGCAGAGCCAGGCAGAAGCGCAGCGGGCACGGAAACGCAAAACCUUCCGUCUAGUGACGCUGGUGGUGGCGGCGUUUGCAGUCUGCUGGCUGCCCAUCAGCGUCUUUAACGUCCUCCGGGACAUCGAUAUCGACUUGAUUGACAAGCGCUACUUUUUGCUCAUCCAGCUGCUGUGCCACCUGUGCGCCAUGAGUUCAUCUUGCUGCAACCCCUUUCUGUAUGCGUGGCUGCACGAUCGUUUCCGAGCAGAACUGCGAAAGAUGUUCAAAUGCCACAGACGCAUUGGCAUCGGCAUACCCACCAACAACUGCACCGCUGCCAGCGUGGUGCUCUGA